AUGGGAGUGCACCGCGUGUUGUUUGUGGACCACCAUGACCCGCGGGCGGCGGCGUUCUUCCCUGAGUCUAUCCCGGUCAUAAACGUGUUGCCGCACCGAUUGGCGGUUCGUUACUUCAAGAACAAGAAGCUGGACCGCCCGGUGGUCGUUUCGCCGGACAACGAGUGUGGCGAACGCGCGAAGGCUUUUUGGAGCCGGUUCAAGACCGGUAACUGCGACGUGGGCAUGGCGGCUAUUGUUACCGACCACUCCGCGAGCGUAGCCCUCGACCAAUGCGUGUCCUCCGACUCCUCCGCUUCCGGUGAUCUGAAGUCCGAAGACCCAUGGUGCUCGGACCCUUCGUCGCGGGCGUCGGAGGAGAACUACGAUGCUCAAGGUGCGGCGUUGGUGGGCGAAGUGCGAGGACGUGACGUGAUAAUCGUUGACGACAUCGUUGACUCAGGGCAUCGUGUGUGUAGGGCCGCACGUGUGUGCAAAGCACACGGUGCGAAACGUGUGUUCGCAUACGCGCCACACGGCGUUCUCCGACGGAGCGCGUUCUGUGCAAUAGAAGCUGCACCCCUCACCGAAGUACUCAUAACCAACACUCUUGACCUACCACUCGAUGCAGACUGCGUAAAAAUAAAAACUCUCAAUGUCUCAAGACUACUGGCACUUGUCCUCAAAAGACUACACGCAGAAGCCUCCGCUGAAGGCCCACGUGAACCCCUUGCCGAACUUUACAGAUUCGAAAGUCGUGAAACGCGUCAACACGCCGAACAGUGA